AUGAGUAAAUUACUCGAACAAGUACUUAAAGUAAAUACUUAUCUACACCCAAUUCAAUUUUGUCUUGUUACUAUAAUAAAUAUUCUAAAUAUACGUGUAUUAUGUUCUCGUAUUCUUCGUUCAUCACCAUGUACACAUUAUUUCUUAGCUUAUGCUCUCUUUAGUAUAAUUUACAAUUGUGUAUCAUGUUCAACACAAUUUUUACAUAGUUUUUAUAUUGAUUGGGCAAAAAAGUCACAAUCACGUCUACUUCAUACGAUAAGUACUAUACGAACAGCAAGAAUUUCUAUUGUAAUUGAUAGAAUAUUAUCGGCUAUUUAUAUGUUACCAAUGUUGGCUAUUUAUAAAUGGGAUGACAUUUCUAAACAAUGUUUACAACCAUCGAAUACUCUCUUUUAUCUUUAUAUUCUUAGUCAAAUUAUUUCAUAUUAUAUUUUAAUAUUUAUAUUAAUGAUUAUAUUCGAUUUUUUGACGAUGUUGCAUAUUCGUCCACAAUCAAUACGAACAAAACGUUUAAUAUCAUCUAUCCAUCGACGUCGCACUGAAGAAAAAUUAGCUCGAAUGUUAAUAUUUCAAGUUUAG